CAUCGGCUGCUGUGUAGUUUGCUAACUUCGACUCAUGGGGUCUGGUUUCCUUCUUCCCAAUCUGUCGCCUAGAAAGACGAAAUGUCAGGAUGUAGAAGAGGAGGAGUAGAUUGGUUUUUUCAAUCAUCGAUAUCGGUCAAGAGGCUCUUAUUCGGAUACGCAAUAACGGAGUACCCUCUCCCGUGAAGAACACAAGAAAGAACUCAUUGAUUUUUGAUGCUCUAUGGAUCUACUCUUCAAUGCUUACUCCACUAAUACAGAUGAAGAUGAAGAAAAUGAAAAACAUCCACCUCCUCCCUUCAAACGAGCUAAACCUGAACUCCCACAUACAUCCAUCAAUUUUGUUCAUGGAAAACAUAUUUCCACUGAAUCUUCAAUUGCAGGAAGAUAUAUUUCAAAGCGGGAACGUGCACUCAUGGCUUCAGCUCCUCCUCAAAUUCCCAAUCCAUCCCCCCCAUCUUCCUCAGCCUGUUCACCUGUUCAAGGAAGCAUCUCGGAUUCUUCCAUAAGAAAAGACAUUUUGUCAUCAUUAAGGAAUCCAAAAGGAGGAGGCUAUGCAAAUUCUGAGAGGAAGUCCACAGCUCUUAUUGGCCACACAAAAGCUGUGAAUGCUCUACAAUGGUCAAACAGUCAUUGUCAUCUUCUUGCAUCGUGUGGUAUGGAUUCUUCCAUAAACAUAUGGAAUGUUUGGAGCAAUGAACAGAAAAAAGCACGGGUAUUAAACGUUCAUACUGCAGCUGUAAAAGACAUCAAGUGGUGUGAGAAAGGUCUUUCUUUGCUUUCUUGUGGAUAUGAUUGCACAUCAAGAUUGAUAGAUGUUGAAAAAGGGAUAGAAACUCGGGUGUUUAAAGAGGAUCAGGUUGUUGGGGUUGUUAAAUUUCAUCCUAACAACUCCAACCUGUUUUUGUCUGGAGGAUCAAAAGGUGUGAUUCGUUUAUGGGAUAUUAGAACUGGAGAUGUGGUAUAUCAAUAUUCUCGAGGACAUCUUGGCCCAAUUCUUGAUGUGGAAUUUAUGAAUGAUACAAAACAAUUUAUUUCCUCUAGUGAUGAAUCAAAAAGCAAUGUUAGUGAGAAUGCUAUCAUUGUUUGGGAUGUUUCACGACAACUUCCUCUAUCCAAUCAGAUCUAUGUGGAAGCGUAUACGUGUCCGUGUAUACGACAUCAUCCAUACGACCCAUAUUUUGUGGCACAAUCAAAUGGAAAUUACAUUGCAAUAUUUUCUUCCAAAUCUCCAUUUCGGCUCGACAAAUACAAAAGAUAUGAAAGUCAUUUUGUUUCCGGUUUUCCCAUCAAAUGCAAUUUCAGUACAGAUGGGAAAAAACUUGCAUCCGCCUCUUCAGAUGGUUUUAUUUACAUAUAUAAUACUAAGUCAUGCCACCUCAUCAACAAGAUCAAAGCUUAUGAACAAGCGUGUGUAGAUGUUGCAUUUCAUCCCAUAUUGUCUAAUGUAAUCGCUUGUUGCAGUUGGAAUGGGGAAAUCUCCGUUUUUGAAUAAUUGGAAAAUAUGUAUAUCAUUUAAUGUCGCAUUCCAGUCUUGUACCCCACAUACAUGUAUUAUUGAUGAGCUGUAUUUGUAUUGUUCUUGUGUUUGGGCAAAUCAAAUGAAACACUUUUAAAGCCGAAAACAUUGCCG